AUGUCUGAACCAGGCUCUUCUCCCGUUCCUCAGACUGAAAAGCCUAGGAAAUUCGGGAAACAGAUCCAGCGACAGCAGCUGGAUCUUCCUGAAUAUGCUGCCAGCUUUCUCAACUACAAAGCGCUGAAGAAGUUAAUUAAACAGCUCUCGGCUACUCCCACUAUCACUGCGCAGGGAGAAGCGACACAUACAGACUCUCAAGCUGCGCUUCGAGCGAACAAAGAGGUCUUCUUCUUUCGUCUUGAGCGAGAGAUCGAGAAGGUCAAUGUUUUUUACCUCCACAAAGAAGCCGAAUUUACCCUUCGGCUCAAGACAUUACAUGACAAGGAACGCGUGAUUCAGGCCAGACUCAACGCCAACUCCCGCGUCUCUGCAUCAUUUGUCACCCUGAUCGAAGGCUUUCAGCAAUUUGACAAUGAUCUCAACAAACUCCAGCAAUUUGUAGAAGUCAAUGAGACCGCCAUCUCCAAAAUCUUGAAAAAAUGGGACAAAACAUCAAAGUCACGAACCAAGGAACUCUACCUACAACGCGCCGUCGAAAUACAACCAUGCUUCAACCGAGAUGUACUGCGUGAUCUCUCAGAUAAGGCGACUACUGCUCGGCUCGACUUAGAAGCAUGGGCCGAGGGCGAAAACAUAUUUCAUGUCGAUAUCAGCAAACCAACCAUUGGUCAAAGAGUUGGUACAGAAGAGAGCGACAUCGAUUUACAGGUUCUCCAGGCCGCCGCUGCUGGAAACCUUCCUGCGCUGAAGGAAUGGUUAACCAGGCUAUCAUCAUCUCCUAAUGCGGGCGAAGCUCUUACUCGUAUCUUCCUCGCCUCAAUCAGUGAUGCACCCGACGAAUCUCUCAAAGUCCUACUCGAAUCAAAAUAUGUCGACAUUCAGGCGGAGGACGAUAUCAACGAGCGCAACUGCCUGCACGAAGCAACGAUUUAUGGAAAAGACAGUGUACUCCAGUACGCUUUGGCUCAUGGCGUUGAUCCUACCCGGCUUGACGUCUACGGUCGUGUCCCGUUGCACUAUGCGUGCUUGAAAGGCAGGAUACCCAUGCUAGAAAGAUUGAUUGCAGCCGCGCCUCAGUCUAUCGACGUGAAAGAUCACGACAAUUUCACACCGUUAAUUCAUAGCAUCGUCCGGGAUCGAGUCGAGUGCGUACGGUUAUUGCUCGCGCAGAAUGCUCAAAUUGAGCCAGAUUCGGACCGAGACCACAUCCCACUCAACCUUGCGUGUCAGCAUGGUUCAAGCGAGGUCGUCGCAUUGUUAUUGGAACGACACGCCGAAUUCCAUCCCGAUGCUGAAGGCCUCUUUCCACAACAUUUAGUAGCCAAAUCAAGCACCACGGCGGAUUUAUUGCUUCUCUUACAACACCAUGGGGCAGAUCUCAACCAAAGAGACAAACUGUAUCAAUGGACACCUCUGUUUCAUGCUGCCAGCGAGGGUCGCGUCGAAUGUCUCCGGGCCCUACUGGACUAUGGCGCAGACGCAGAUGCCUUAGAUGAGAAAGGCCUUACGGCUACCUACUAUGCCACUUGGGAGGGACAUCUGUCCUGCGUCGACUUGUUGUGGGAACGUCAUAGGCAACAAGCUAAUCAAAAGAUGGGCAGCGCAAAGUUGGGGCCCUCAGCACCCCAGAUGCUGUCCACAUCCACCACCGCCAUGGAACUCACGCCACCCGAUAUCUCAGGCGAAGCCGAUGGAAUCCCAGAUCUUUCGCUUCCACCACCGAUUAUACCUAUGCGAAGAUACGGGCACAACUUCCUUGACUCAAAGUGCUUCAUUGCCAUUAGCUUUGAGCGGGGUGCAAAAGCCAUCCAGUUCUUCAACGAAGCAAGAUAUCCUGCCGCGCGCAUCACAAUAUCAUCCAAGACCUCUGACCUCAUUCCGAGAAACAUCAUGCUGCCGAUCCAAGAGGACUCGAGAUCGGUCCUCUUCCAGGUCGACAACCUCUCCACCUUCACCGUCGACUUUGAGAUCUUCCCAACAUUUGGCUCCAAGGUCAUUGCAAAGUCUGUGGCUCUGCCGGACGUCUUUCGGGCAAUCGACAGUAGUUCUGGCACGUGUUGCUUGCCUUUGUUUGACCCACGACUGCGCUCGGUUGGCCAGAUCUACUUCAACUUUCAAGUCAUCAAGCCGUACGGUGGUCGCCCGCUGGAGAUUACCCAAUUCGCGCCCUAUUGGAAGGCGACCAGCGCGCUUGACGAGUCGGGCCUCAUUACGGGCUCCAGCUUGUCUGGCGACUAUCUUCGCUUGUGCGUCCAGUUGACAAGGGAUGCCGUUCCUGUCAUCUAUCCUUCGUACGAGUUUGACCACGCCGGCCUCGACGUCAGCAUCGGCAGCCUCGCUUUUGAAACACUGCCUUCGCUAUCAUCCAACACAGCCGCGUUGCGCUCCGCAUCCGAGACCACCAACAUCCUCGACUGGCGCAGCCGCCUAUCAAGCUCCGUGCUCGCCCUGAAAGACAUCUUGGCCACUCUACCUGUAUCCGUAAACAUCAAUCUCCACAUCCUAUACCCAAAUCUUGGCGACCAGGAGAACGCCCAAAACCACAUCGACAUCAACACAUUCGCCGACGCCGUCCUGACCGACGUUUUCGACCACGCGCGCGCCCUCCGCGCCCGGAGCACGGAGCUCUCCCGCUCCAUAGUCUUCACUUCCUACAACCCGCACAUCUGCACUGCCCUCAACUGGAAACAGCCUAACUUCCCUGUCCUGCUCUGCAACGGCCUGGGCUCGCAGCCCUCUUCUGGCCAAGGAGGAGUAGCAGCAGCAGCAGCAGGGGAGGACGCCUCUCUCGCCACCGCCGCCAACCGCAACGCAUUCUCCAUCAAGGAAUCCGUGCGUCUGGCCCAGAGCAACAACUUCAUGGGCGUCAUGUGCAGCGCGCGCAUUCUCAAGAUGGUCCCCGCCUUGGUCGAGACCAUCAAGCAUGCGGGCCUCGUGCUCGUGUCCGACAGCUCCGCGGCCGAGCAGCAGGCUGAAACAACGGCGUCCGCAAGUGCAAAUGCGCCAGGCUGGGCCGUCAUGCCCGAGGGCGUCAAUGGUCUCAUGAAGGCGACCGGCGUGCUGAGGUUCAAUGAGAGUGUGGACAUGUAA